CACCAGCCGCCAAGGAACGAGUGGUUUGAUUUUGACAGGCCAUGGUUAUAUCCAACCGUUGUUAUGUCAAGAGAGAGAUACAACAACAAGAAUCUAGUCCAAGUCAAGAUCACUUCAGGGGUCCCGCUGUUUGACAUUAAGGACCAGCGCCCUAGUCGCCACCCCACAAGGAGGGAGCUAGAGGCCGCCCUUAGGAGGGCAGUCGCAGGCCAACUCUUCGGCCACCGCUUCUGUCCCCACGUAUCCCCCUCUACACCGGACGGCGACAACGACAACACGGGCAUCGACCCUAAUCCCGAGAAGCUGCUCCGGGCCUUCAGCUCGAAUAUAUGCGCCUGCUUCCCAGCGCUGGCAUCGUCGCCUCACGAUCCCAGCCACCGUAACCCCUGCUGCCUCUGUGUUUCCUACCCUUCGCACCGAGCGGAUGGGGGUGGUGUGGGGGGACAAGGAGCGGAAGGAGUCUCCCAUGGUUUCCUCUCUGGCCAUAUUUGUCACUCCUUCUUUUGUUCAGCAUGCAAGGCCUUUCAUGAGUGGCAUCGCCGUGGCCAGCGUGUCUACAUUGCAUUCUACUGGACCUUGAUCCUGCAUAAAAGCCCGGCCGCGUCAUACUGGCUAGAGGCCCUUGCGCCUGAGUCGCUCGGCAUUGGUGGUACGGACAGGCCGGCCGAUCAGGACCUUUGGUGCGAGACCAAGCGUUGUGUCACGAACAAGCGCUGGGUGUCGAUGGUCAAGCGGUACCAUGGAAUGGGGACUCCGGGAUGGUGAGGGAGCAGCUUGCGGUAGAAGGCUGCUGUCUGGCAACUGUACUAAAUGUCUCUGCUUCCCAAAUUCAUAUAGAG